GAGCAUGUUUUUGAACUUGGAACCAUGCGCUCCCUUCUUCUCCUUUCUUCUUGACUUUGCCUUGCGGCUGCCACUCGUUUGUGGUUGACUGUCAAUGUCCUUUCCGUUGCUUGCUCACGCUCUUUCCUGGCUUCAGUCAAGGACUUUUCAUCUCACCCUGGCGCCGUACUCAUCCCCGAGAGCUCAUUGUUUAGUCUCACUGCACCCUCUUCUUCAUCGACCAGACUAGACACUUAGAAACCAUGUCACUUCUUUUUCUUUCACUCCUUCUGUUCGUGCUGUGGGCGCAACCCACGCCAGCAGCACCGUCCACCAUUCAGAAACACUCAUUCAAGGUGGACCGUGUCCGGAAUCCAGACUUCAAACGCCGCAAUGUACCCAGGGAGCUUUCGAGAGCAUACCAGAAAUACCGCAUGCCCAUUCCCCAGGACUUAUUGCUUUCCCUAGAUGACGGGCUCCAGGUUGAUUCGCAGACCGAUCGGGAGGCUUUGAAUGCGCUUGACCUAGCACACCUGGAUUCUCCUCUUCCACAAGGCGCCAAGAACACCAUCGGCAAAGUGUGGGCAACCCCGGUCAACGAAGGCAUCGAGUACAUCUCGCCCGUCAGCAUCGGCGACCAGACUCUCAAUAUGGCGCUUGACUCCGGCUCGGCCGACCUCUGGGUGUUCAGCACUGAGCUUCCAGCACUCUCCACGGUUGCCCACCAGGCGUACAACCCCUCGCUUUCACCCACCUUCAAGAGGAUAAACGGCCAUAACUUCUCCAUUACCUACGGCGACGGCACCAGCGCUUCUGGAUAUGUAGGUACGGACACGGUCGAUGUGGGCGGCGUCGCGGUUACAGACCAGGCUGUCCAGUUGGCAACGUACGUCUCAAGCGCCUUCUUGCGAGACUCCUAUCUCGGCGGUGUGCUCGGCCUCGGCUUCUCGCAGCUCAGCUCAGUCAAACCGGUGAAGCCAGAGUCGUUUUUUGAGAACGUUAUGCCUUCGCUUGCCCAACCGCUCUUUACCGUCGACCUCCGCAAGGACGCUGUCGGAUCCUUUGAAUUUGGCUUCGUCGACAACAGCAAGUAUUCGGGCAUGCUUGCCUGGAUCCGAGCCAAUACUACCAAGGGCUUCUGGCAAGUGUCUACGGCAGGGUUCACGGUCGGGAAUAACCGGACGCGGUUACGGCCCGCCCAGGCCAUCAUCGACACUGGCACGACGCUAAUGCUGGUAUCGGUGAAGAUGGCUGAUGGGUACUACCGCCAUGUCCCCGGAGCGCGGCGGAGUCGCGCGGCAGGCGGCGUGACCUUCCCUUGCAACACCACCUUGCCAGACUUUGUGGUCGAUGUCGGCGGCGCCUAUGCUGCUCGGAUCCGAGGAAGUGACAUCAACGUUGGGUGGUUCCAGGACGGCAUGUGCUUUGGCGGCAUCCAACCCACCGCCUGGCCGUUCCAGGUCUGGGGCGACGUCUUCUUCAGGUCGCAGUUUGUUGUCUUCCAUGGGGGCAACCGCUCGCUGGGCAUGGCGAGCCAUGACUAGACUUUGCCAGACCCUCCUCAACCCGAGCCUCCCGAGCCUCCUUACGCGGCCGUCUCCAAGUCAUAUAUCUGUUUAUCGAGCAGCGAAGCAAUUUAUAGCCAAUAGAGCGUUGAAGAAUACAAAUACAGACUCCGGUCCGGCCACGAGCGGUGCGAGGAGUCUUCGCCAAGCGCUCUUUUAAUGCCAAUUUCGCGCUGCCGCUGCUGCGAUAGCCAAGUGACGUACGGCAUUGACAAUUCCGAAAGCCCUUUACACAAGUCCUUUACAAGCCCUUUACAGAUCUUGGUAUAUCGGUAUUAGCGAGCAAGUUUGCGGGGUCCUCCUGGCUAGUCGACGGGAAGUGGCGGGAGGAUAUGCACCGCCUAAUUAAGGACGGGCAAUGCGGCCCGG